CUGGUGCUGUUUGCAGGAAAGCUCAACACCAUCGCCAGCAUUGUGACCAUUUUCUUCCUACUGGUGUAUGCCGCCGUGGACUUGGCUUGUCUCGCCCUGGAAUGGGCUUCUGCACCUAAUUUCAGGCCCACGUUUCGUUACUUCACCUGGCAUACGUGCAUACUGGGCAUCGUCGGUUGUGCCAUCAUGAUGUUCCUCAUCAACGCCAUCUACGCCUCAGCUAGCAUUGCCUUCAUGCUGCUCCUCCUCCUGCUGAUUCACUACCUCAGCCCCACGUCCAGCUGGGGAUACAUCAGCGAGGCUCUCAUUUUCCCCCAGGUACGAAAAUACCUCCUAAUGCUGGAUGUCAGGAAAGACCACAUCAAGUUCUGGAGACCUCAGAUCCUCCUCAUGGUUUCCAACCCUCGCAGCAGCGUGGGCCUCAUCACGUUUAUCAAUGACAUCAAGAAGAGUGGCCUCUACGUGCUGGGACAUGUCCAGCUAGGAGACCUCAGCACUUUACCAUCUGACCCCUUGCAGGCUCAGUAUGAGUCCUGGCUGUCCCUGGUAGACCAUCUGAACAUCAAAGCUUUUGUCAACCUGACUCUGGCAGAUUCUGUCCGUCAUGGCGUCCAGCAUCUACUCUUCAUCUCAGGACUUGGCGGGAUGCGUCCCAACACCUUGGUCCUCGGUUUCUAUGACGACUGUCUUCCAAAAGAUAAGCUGAUUGAGUCGUCGGUGUCUUCCACCCAGUCCACAGAUCCCUUCAGUCCUUCUCAGGACCUCGAGCAGCCCCCUCUGCAUCGCUUUGCCUCCCUGCGGGGGUCCAGUGACAGGCAAGAUUAUGGCGAAUUUGGGGAUGGGAAGGUUUUAGGCGCCCAGGAGUACGUCUCUGUUAUUUCUGAUGCCAUGAAGAUGCUCAAGAAUGUGGUUCUUGCUCGAUAUUUCAAUGACUUUGAUAAAGCUCGGAUCCUUACGCCUCCCUCCAUCCUGUCAAAAGGAGAAGUGUUUGUUGAUGUUUGGCCAGUAAACCUCCUGCGCCCGGACAGCUGCAGUUACGUCGACACCUGCUCACUGUUCCUGCUGCAGCUAGCAUGCAUCCUCAACAUGGUGAAAGCCUGGCGCAAAGCUACUCUGCGACUCUUUCUGUGCGUGGAGGAGGGGCGAAGCGUCAGGGGCCUGGAGGCCAAGCUUGGUCAGCUCCUUAAAGAUCUGAGAAUUAAAGCUCAGGUGGAAAUCGUACCCUGGGACCAUGUGGUGGUGCUACACUGGCAGCGGCAAAGUGGAUUCAACAAGAACCUGACGUCCAAGUCUCCAGACUCGACCGCUGAGGAGAUGGAGGCCAGAGCCAUCGAGGAGGAGAGCGAAGAAGAUUACGCCAACAGCUUCCCGAGCAACGCCACGCGCGUCUCCGAUGACUACCUCACGGCUGUCAACAAGCUGAUCCUGGAUCAGGCCAUGCCACCCCCUGCCGUGCGUUUCCUGUAUCUGCCCCGCCCCCCAGCCGACACCCGGCGGUACGCCACAUACUUACACCAGCUGGACCUGCUUACUCAGGAUUUAGGACCCACUCUGCUCAUCCAUGGGGUCACGCCUGUCAUCACCACUGACCUGUGAGCUCUCCUCUUCCUGACGCGUUCAGUGAAGGGUGCCUUACACUCUGACAGCGAGCGAAGUCUGCAGUGUCCCCAUUAAAGGUGUGGACCACAGCUCAGCGUUGAUCUCUCCAUUAUCACUGCUAGCUCACUGACAUCACCUUCUCUGCCUUUAUAAUGCUUUUAUUUUUUUAACUAUUUCCUUUUUAUAUGUCUUCUAACUUCUUAAUAACUUUGCACGCUCAUCAAGUACCAGAAGGAACCUCUGGGGAAACCUCACUGUAGUUUUAAGCUCAGCCGAGAGUCUGAUUUCAUUGCUCCAAAUGACCAUUCCACAUGUUCUUGGGCCAAAAGUGCCUUUUUUUUUUACCUGGGAAACAGCAGUUACACAAUCUUAAUGCUUAAAGCAGUCAUUUCCUUUUUCUUUUCCAGGUAAUAAUACCAGCGGUGCUUCUACAAUGUGCUCUUUUCUUUUUAUUCCCAAAUGAUAAUAUGUGGAAUCUCAGGACAUUAUUCCUUUUAUCCCCCACUUCAGCCAAACUGCACAGUGUGCAGCUCUUCAGAAGAAAACUUGACAUUUUUCAGCUCCACUAACUGUUCCAACUAUCACAGAGAUUCUCUCCAUUUGUUUUUAUUAUCUCCUACAAUCUUGUCACUUUCGGUUUACUCUCGGCGGCCAAGUUGGUUGACCGGCCUUGUGCUAAAUUGCCCGUAUGAAUUUAAAUAUCUGCUCAUGUCUGCAGUCACACUCAUUACCUAAAGUGCUUGUAACAUUAAAAAUGAGUUUAUGUAAAUUCUGCAUAAACUCUUUAUGACAAAGGAGGAUUUAUUUGAAUGUAUGUAAGGGCAGAGCCGUGGAGCCACAUGCCGCCUUACUGUCAGCUUGCAUAUGUGAACAACUCGGCAUUCUUGGACAAUAAUGCUUCCUUUGUUAUGCGCUCGGUUGCAUCUGUAACAACAAUCUCAAUGGUUUGAUAAACUUUCCCCUUUGAAUCAUAAAUCAGACCAGCUCCCCAAGGACUUCAGCACAUUUGAAGCCAAACGUUUUUGCUGAAAAGAAAACCUGAUGCUCUGAUUUCACUCUUAACCUGACAUACCUUUGCUUUUUUUUUUUUAACUCAUUCCAAAAUGUGCUUCCUUGUGAUUUUUUUACUUCCAUUGUUUUUCUACUGAUAUGUUUGUGCUUGGACACUACACUCCUCUUUAAACCACUGGGACAGUAAAUACUUUGUCUGGGGUUUUUGUUCUCCAUUUUAAAGGAGAACAAUAAAUUCAGUUGGACACACUUUCCUGAAGGAAUUAGUAUUUGUAUUACUCUUGAAUUAUGCCCAAACUGUCCAAGAUGUUGAUCAUGUUGAUGCAAAAAAAAAAAAUAAUAAUAAUAAACAUCUUUGUCCUUUU